AUGGAGACAAUGGAAAUGGCCCCAGAGCUGCAGCGCAGCAAGGUUCGGGUCUUUGCCAUCAUGGUGGCUCUCUCGCUGUCCAUGUUUGUGGCUGCCCUGGACCAGACCAUCAUGGCCACCGCCAUUCCCACCAUCGCGGCCAAGCUGCAUUCCGCGGCCGGAUAUACCUGGAUUGGCGGUGCCUAUCUGCUGGCCAAUGCUGCCGGAGCUUGCAUCUGGGCCAAGCUCUCUGACAUCUGGGGUCGCAAGCCGAUUCUGCUGCUGGCUGUGGCCUGGUUCUUUGUCAGCUCCAUCGUCUGCGCCACUGCGGUCAAUAUGCCCAUGCUGAUCGCUGGACGCGCGCUGCAGGGUGUUGCCGGUGGCGGCCUGCUGCAGUUGGUGACGAUUGUCAUCUCCGAUCUCUUCAGUGUUAGACACCGGAGCUUAUACCUGGGUAUGAUGGAGUUCAUGUGGGCUCUGGCAGGUGGUAUCGGUCCUCUUCUCGGAGGUGCAUUCUCCCAGUAUGUUUCCUGGAGGUGGAGCUACUGGGUGAAUCUGCCGGUCUGCGGUCUUGCCUUUGUUCUGCUGCUGCUCUUCCUUGACGUGCAUAAUCCCAAAACCAAGAUGAUUGACGGAUUCAAGGCCAUCGACUGGUUCGGAAGUCUCUCCAUCCUCGGUCUGACUCUCAUGCUGCUCCUGGGACUGGAUUUCGGAGGUGAAGCCUUCCCGUGGGAUUCGCCUAAGGUGAUCUGCUUGAUUGUCUUUGGAUCGCUUUGCUCGUUGCUCUUCAUCUACAGCGAGAAACGGCUCGCAAAGUAUCCUCUGAUGCCGAUGAGCCUCUUUGCACAGGCGACCAAUGUGGCAACUCUCGCGGUGACCUUUGCUCAUGGAUUUGUUUUCAUUGCUGGAGAGUAUUAUAUUCCCCUGUUUCUUCAGUCCGUCAAAGAAGCCUCCCCGAUGCGCUCCGGUAUCCUUGUUCUUCCUCUGGUUCUCUCCGAGGCGUUUGCCGGAAUUGUCACCGGGGCCAUCAUCCACCGCACUGGCCGCUACCGGGAGUUAAUCUGGCUCGGAAUGACCCUGUGUACUAUCGGUAAUGGAAUGUACAUCAACCUGGAUGUCGACUCGUCGCUCGGCGAGAUUCUCGGAUACCAGAUCCUGAGUGGUAUCGGCGCGGGGUUCAUGUUCGAGCCCCCCAUCAUCGCGAUUCAAGCUAUGGUCUCUCAGGAUGAGACGGCUACUGCUACGGCGACCCUCGGCUUUAUCCGAAACCUAGCGACAUCCUCGUCCAUCGUGAUUGGAGGCGUCGUUUUCCAGAACUCCAUGAGCCGCAUGAAAUCCUCGCUCCUUGCCGUGGGCAUGUCGGCGGAACUGGCAUCCCAAAUGUCUGGGGAUUCGGCUGCGGCCAAUAUUGAAAUCAUCAAGACUAUCCAAGACCCUGCGCAGCUGCUGGCUGUCAAGAAAGCGUUUGCUUGGAGCCUGCGGAAUAUGUGGAUCCUGUACACCUGCAUGUCUGCGUUGGGCAUCCUGGCUGGUGCUUUCAUCUCCAAAGCCCGGCUGAACAAGGAGCAUGUGGAAACCAAGACAGGGCUGAAGUCAGAGAAGUCGGAUAGUGUCACUGUUGUUGAGAGUCCGUCGGAUAGCUGUUAG